AUGUUGAAUUCUCUUUCCAAGACAUCUGCCUUUGUCACCCGUCAAGGGCGCAACAUGGCCACUCGUGCCUAUGGCUCCAGUCAACUCCAACUCGCCAAGGAGGGACAAGCCGAAGUCAUCCUUGUUGGAUGUGGACAACCCAACAAGGGUAUGGGAUGGUACCACGCCAUUCAAAUGCUUGAAGACAGAUGCCCAAGCGCCUCUCUAGACUACGUCGUCGAACCCUGGUUCAUGGGCGGAGGAAAGGAUUCCGAAGCCGGAGUUGAAUUCGCUGGAUGGCAAAAGGAAGCUGAAGGCAAGUAUGGAACCGCCUUUAUUGGCUCCAUGGACGACCUUCCAGAACCCAAGGCCCCACGAUUGGCACUCAUCUCUGGACGAACAGCUGACAAUCCACGCUUGUUGACCGAGUGCAUCGAAAAGGGAUCCAAGUGCAUCUACUUGGAGAAGCCAGGAGCCCCCACUGUCGCCGAGUUGGAACAAAUGAAGAACGAGGCUGAAGCUGCUGGAGUCGAAGUCUUGAUGGGAUACAACAAGAAUGUCUGCAAAUAUGUUCGCAAGACUCGCGAAUUCGCCGAAACCGUCAAGGGAUCGCACGUCACCUUUGUCUCUAACAAUGCCUACGAGCCAACUGCUGAAUCUCUUGGAGAGUGCUUUGAACGUAACGCCGAAGGUAUGCUCAAGAACAUGGCCAUCCACGAACUUGCUCUUUUGGCUUCCUUUUACGAUGUCAACGUUGACAAUAUUGCCGAAGUCACUGCCGAUAAGGAAUUCUCUUCCUUGCAAACAUUGAAGGGACCCUCUGGCAAGGACUUUACCGACUUUGAUAAGAUCAAGUUCACCAUCAAGACCAAGAACGGAAACACUGUUUCUGUCCAAGCUGACCGUUGCGGAGGAACCGACUCUUACGCUUUUGUCUCUGACCCAAGCGGUGAGGAAGUCUUCCGUUACUACAUGCCCGAUGACGAGGAUAAGGCAAUGGUCCAAGAAUUGCAAGCUCAGUACCCAACUGCCAUGCCUUACUUCUUCACCCAAGACCCUGAUUACGUCACCGUCAAGGAACGUGUCGCCAAGCACACUGUUGAUGGACUUCCUGCUGAGGGAAUUGCCACAGUCCAAAUUGCCGUCGAUACCCUCAAGGUUGCCGAAUACUUGACUCCAAUCUUGCAAGAGCAACUCAAGUAA